AUGCAAAUUACACGUGAACACCAUUCAAUACAACCGUUAACUUCAGAAGCGCAAAUAUUAUCAUAUUUACUUUCUGAGGCAACAAAACUUGAAAGGCCUCCAAAAAUACCAGAAAAUUUACCACGCACAUUAUACAAAGAGUUUUAUCCACAUAAUUUGGUUAUUCCAGAUUUUGUGGAACAAAUUCUUUCAAUUACCAAACAAAAUUCCGAAAAUUUUCUAAAAUACAUCGCGUUUUACCCAGAACCAAUAAUAAUUUUCGGUUAUGAUCGUUCUGUCUCAAUUUGUCACUCAGCAACAAAAUUAUUCUUGGACGGUACCUUUAAAAUCGUCCCAAGACAGUUCAAUGACAAGGGUCAACCCCUUACAUUAAUGGUGCUUGACCAAACAACGAAUGAAUACAUUCCUGUUGUCCACAUUCUUAUGAAAUCUCGGACAGCAGAAGCGUAUACAACCGCAUUUUCCGCAUUAAUUUCAAUAAUUGGGUUCAACAAUUUCAAAACUGUUUACGUAGAUUUUGAAAUCGCACUUUACAAAUCCAUUAAAUUAUUUUGUCCAAACGCAAAGGUUACUGGCUGCUUAUUUCAUUAUCGCCAAGCAUUAAUUCGCAAAAUAAAAGAAUUAUAUCCGAAACAAGAGAUACCAAAAGAGAUUUUUACACUUUACCAAAUUUAUUCCUCAUUACCUUUCGUCGAAAAAGACUCAUUUUAUCAAAUACUUAAAUUAAUCGAUGAGUCAUCCUCAGAAAUUGCAAAGCCGUUCGUAAAUUACUAUAAAAAAGUAUGGAAGAAAGAUUAUGAGUUCAUUAACCAAUUAGAUUCAGAGGAUGAUAUCUACACAAAUAAUGCUCUUGAAUCCUUCCAUUCUUUGCUUUCGAAAGAAUUAGAAAAUGCCCAUCCUAGCCUCGAAAUAAUGAUUGCAAUCUUAAUGAAAGUCGCAUAA